UUUUUUUUCCGUCAAUUUAGUCCCUAUAUAUUAUUUCUAGCCAAUUGGAUCCCUAAACCUAUAUAUCGGUUCCAAUCAAGGAUCUUUGCAGCGGCGCCACCGUAUAAUUUCCAUUAGGUUCAUAAUCGUGCAAUACAAAAGGGGCAUUUUAGGGAAUUCCAUUCUGGCGCCUUUUCCAAUUAAAAAGUAAAUCGAUGUAAAGCCCAAAUCUAGGUACUACCUCUCUUGCACCAAAGAGAGCUGUCCAAUUUUUGCAGACCCGCGUAGAAAAAGCACUGUAAUUCAAUGCAUUCGAGAAAGAAUUGGGACAAAGCAUCCUCAAGCUCAGCCAGUGAUCAAUUUAUUAACACCGUCAAAGGAUCAAAUGGUUCAGAAACAGGAAACUCGAUUUAUGAAGGAAACGAGAAAUACUACAGUGGAGACAACAUCGUGCGAUGCUAUUGCCAAGAACAAUGCCGAAUUGUGACUGCUUGGACAGAGGCAAAUCCAUCAAGAAGGUUUCAUGGUUGCAGAAAUUAUGGGAAACGUGGUGCUUGCAGAUUUUUUUUGUGGUAUGAUCCACCCAUACCCCAAAAGAUGAAAAAUAUAAUGGGUGCACUUUUAAGGGACCUGAGAAGUGUUGAGAGAGAAAACGCAGCAUUAUUGAUUGAAAUGAACAAGUUGAAGGCAAAAGUGAAAAUAUUGUUUAUAAUUUGUAUCUGUUUUGGCGUUUUACUUGUUUUUGUACUUGGAGGCAAGGAAAGGAAGAAACAAGGUUUGCUGGAAUUGAAGAUGUUGCAGUUCACAAAUAGUAGCAACAGCUUUCCAAGAUCUGAGAGCCUAAACGAGAAAUUAGACCAUGUAGUAGAUGAUUUGCUUGAAAAGGUUGAAGCUUCCAAGGUGAAAAUUGGAGAAGAUUUUAUUGAUUGGGCAAAACAUUCCUUAGAACCAAACAAUGCCAUGAGUGGUGAAGUUCUGGUGGAAUUUUUUGAUUGUGCUCUGGUAAAUCUGAAGGAUCUGCUUAAAUUUGAAGACAAUUUGAUUCUGUCUUUGAAGGAACAAAUCUCAACCUUUGAAGUGAAUCUACGAUUCUUGAGAAACUUUGUCAUCUUCACGAAUAGGCUAUGCAGUGGGUAUGAGAAUAUCGGACUGUUUUUUACUUCUAUUGAAGAUGCUGCAAAUAAUGGUAUUUCGUUCUGGUGUUGGGUGGGAUGGAAGAAGUAG